UCUCCCGUCCCUUUUGUGGGGCUUUUCUCCUUUUCGCUUGCAGUGAGUUAUGAUGUCCUGUAGGCUACAAUGUGUCAGUUGUUAUAAAAUCUGGGAGGUGGAGUCAGGCCGCUGACGCGACGCUGGUGGUGUCGGGGGGAGCGAGCGAGCGAGCGAGCGAGCUGGCCAGCGAGAGUCAGCCCUGCAGUGAAAGCAGCUCCGGUUUCCAGCCCCCGGGUCAUCGGAGCCCAUGCAUUUCAGAAGGAAAACUUGUAUUCCUCUCUCCUGCCUUUGAUCGUCUCCGUAGAUCGGGCCGUCGGAAGGACGUGGACGCCGGACGGAGGGAGGGAGAGAGCGGGGCGGGGGGAAAAUGCGAGAUGCGAGCCCCUUUGGCAACCUGACCAUUUCUUUGGACGAACCUGGAGAGCGUUUCUUAUCGGCUCUGGGAACUGACUGCACGUCAAAGGAGGAGCCUCUGUGUGUGUGUGCGAGAGAGUGUUUGCGUGAGUGUGUGAGUGCAAGGGUGUGUGUGCACGCCCCGCGAUCGGGAGUGUGCACGUUGGAAUGAGUGUGUGAGCGCUUGUGUGUGUGUUUGUUUGCGUGUGCGCGUGAAUGUUUUCGAGAGACGUACAUACAUAUAUUUAAAGAGAAGUCCUGAAAAACUGAAGCAGGUUGCUGUGCUUCUUUGGAGGGAGGGGGGGAUGUCUACUCCCUUUUAAGACAAGCUGACUGAAGCCAGCUAUAUUAUUUGCCUUCCCCCCCUCUCCCCGCCAAUGAAGAGAAUUCUUCCUGCGAGCUAGAAGGUUGGUUCCCCCCUUUCCCUUUCUGCAGCCAAGUGAAACUGAUUAGUCCCCAAACCUUGGAGAUCGACUUGACUCCUGCAAUUGCUGGGAGUACCCGAGAAGAAAUCGGGAGAAAAACAGAUCGGGGUUGGUGUAGCCCCUUCAGAAAAUGUCAUCUCAAACUAAGUUCAAGAAAGACAAAGAGAUCAUAGCUGAAUAUGAAACCCAAGUCAAGGAAAUUCGGACUCAGUUGGCCGAGCAGUUUAAAUGUCUGGAACAGCAGUCAGAAUCGAGGCUGCAGCUGCUGCAGGACCUCCAGGAGUUCUUCCGAAGGAAGGCAGAAAUUGAACUGGAAUAUUCCCGCAGCCUGGAAAAACUGGCCGAGCGUUUCUCCUCCAAGAUCCGCAGCUCCCGAGAACAUCAGUUCAAGAAGGAUCAAUACCUCCUCUCUCCUGUGAAUUGUUGGUAUCUAGUGUUGAACCAGACUCGGCGUGAGAGUAGGGACCAUGCUACCCUCAACGACAUCUUCAUGAACAAUGUCAUAGUCCGUCUCUCCCAGAUCAGUGAGGAUGUUAUCAGGCUCUUCAAAAAGAGCAAGGAAAUUGGGUUACAGAUGCAUGAAGAGCUGCUGAAGGUGACCAACGAGUUAUACACAGUCAUGAAAACCUAUCACAUGUAUCACGCAGAGAGCCUCAGUGCUGAGAGCAAGUUAAAAGAGGCGGAAAAGCAAGAGGAGAAGCAGUUCAACAAAUCCGGGGACCUUGGGAUGAAUCUGCUCCGGCAUGAGGACAGGCCACAGCGCAGGAGUUCUGUCAAGAAGAUGGAGAAGAUGAAGGAGAAGAGGCAGGCCAAGUACUCGGAAAAUAAGCUGAAGUGCACCAAGGCCCGCAACGACUAUCUGCUGAACCUCGCAGCCACCAAUGCAGCCAUCAGCAAAUACUACAUCCACGAUGUCUCCGAUCUGAUCGAUUGUUGUGAUCUGGGCUUUCACACCAGCCUGGCCCGAACCUUCAGGACCUACCUCUCUGCUGAAUAUAACCUGGAGACCUCUCGCCAUGAGGGACUGGAUGUCAUAGAAAACGCCGUGGACAACCUUGAUGCAAGGAGUGACAAGCACACGGUCAUGGACAUGUGCAACCAGGUCUUCUGCCCACCACUCAAGUUUGAGUUCCAGCCCCACAUGGGGGAUGAGGUGUGCCAAGUGAGUGCCCAGCAGCCAGUCCAGACAGAACUGCUCAUGCGCUACCAUCAGCUCCAGUCGCGGCUAGCCACCCUCAAGAUAGAAAAUGAAGAGGUCCGGAAAACACUGGAUGCUACCAUGCAGACCCUCCAGGACAUGUUGACGGUGGAGGACUUUGAUGUCUCCGAUGCCUUCCAACACAGUCGAUCCACGGAAUCCAUCAAAUCUGCCGCAUCCGAGACUUACAUGAGCAAAAUCAACAUUGCCAAGAGGCGAGCCAACCAGCAGGAAACCGAAAUGUUUUAUUUUACGAAAUUCAAAGAAUACGUGAAUGGCAGUAACCUUAUCACCAAGCUGCAGGCUAAGCAUGACUUACUCAAGCAGACCCUUGGAGAAGGUGAAAGAGCAGAAUGUGGCACCACAAGCAGAAGAGAUGGAAGACUUAGGUUGCCUCACUUUCCCUGGCUGAGUCCUUCCUCUGCUCCCCAACUUGUGCCCCAUCCAGCACUUCAAGGAAGAAGAAAUGCUCGAGCCAGGAACCAGGAUUCAGGGCAGGCAAUACCCCUGGUGGUGGAAAGCUGCAUCCGCUAUAUCAAUUUAUACGGUCUCCAGCAGCAAGGUAUCUUUAGAGUGCCCGGAUCGCAGGUUGAAGUCAAUGACAUUAAAAAUUCCUUUGAGAGAGGUGAAGAUCCCCUGGCGGAUGACCAGAAUGAAAGGGAUAUUAAUUCAGUGGCUGGUGUCUUAAAGCUGUAUUUUCGAGGACUGGAAAAUCCACUCUUUCCCAAGGAAAGGUUUCAAGAUUUGAUAUCCACAAUCAAAAUGGAGAGCCCUGCAGAGAGAGUGCACCUGAUCCAGCAGAUUCUUGUCACCUUGCCUCGAGUGGUCAUCGUGGUCAUGAGAUACCUCUUUGCUUUCCUCAACCACCUGUCCCAGUACAGCGAUGAGAACAUGAUGGAUCCCUACAACUUGGCCAUCUGCUUUGGACCAACCCUCAUGCAUAUCCCAGAUGGACAGGACCCCGUCUCGUGUCAGGCUCAUGUCAAUGAAGUCAUCAAAACCAUCAUUGUCAAUCACGAGGCCAUAUUCCCCAGCCACAGGGAACUGGAAGGGCCAGUGUAUGAGAAGUGCAUGGCUGGAGGGGAAGAAUAUUGUGAUAGCCCACAUAGCGAACCAGGGACAAUUGAUGAAGUUGACCAUGACAAUGGCACAGAGCCUCAUACCAGUGAUGAUGAAGUGGAACAGAUCGAAGCGAUCGCCAAGUUUGACUAUGUGGGACGAUCCCCCCGAGAGCUGUCCUUUAAGAAGGGAGCCUCACUGCUCCUGUACCACCGAGCCUCAGAAGACUGGUGGGAAGGCCGGCACAAUGGAGUGGAUGGACUGAUUCCCCAUCAGUACAUCGUUGUACAAGAUAUGGACGAUGCGUUCUCGGACAGCCUGAGCCAGAAGGCCGACUCCGAAGCCAGCAGCGGGCCCCUGUUGGAUGACAAGGCGUCUUCCAAGAACGACCUCCAGUCCCCCACAGAGCACAUCCCCGACUACGGAUUUGGGGGCGCGAUGGGCCGAGUACGGUUGAGAUCAGAUGGGGCUGCCAUCCCCCGUCGCCGGAGUGGGGGUGACACACACAGCCCACCUCGGGGCCUGGGUCCAGGGAUAGACACCCCACCUCGAGCAGCUGCCUGCCCCAGCAGCCCCCACAAAAUCCCCCUCAACCGAGGCAGGAUCGAGAGCCCAGAGAAGCGGCGGAUGGCAACAUUUGGAAGUGCUGGAAGCAUCAACUACCCGGACAAGAAGGCCCUUUCCGAUGGGCACCCACUGAGGUCGACCUGCGGCUCCACACGGCACAGCAGCCUCGGAGACCACAAAUCUUUGGAGGCUGAAGCCCUGGCAGAAGACAUCGAGAAGACCAUGAGCACGGCCCUCCAUGAACUUCGUGAGCUCGAAAGGCAGAAUACAGUCAAGCAGGCUCCAGAUGUGGUCCUGGACACUCUGGAGCCCCUGAAGAACCCGCCCCUGGGCCCCAUCAGCUCCGAACCCGCCAGCCCCCUGCACACCAUCGUCAUCCGAGACCCAGACGCCGCCAUGCGCCGCAGCAGCAGCUCCACCACCGAGAUGAUGACCACGUUCAAACCGGCGCUGUCCGCGCGGCUGGCGGGGGCCCAGCUCCGGCCGCCGCCCAUGCGGCCCAUCCGCCCCGUGGUCCAGCACCGCUCCAGCUCCAGCAGCAGCUCGGGGAUGGGCAGCCCCGCCGUGACCCCCACCGAGAAGAUGUUCCCCAACAGCUCCUCCGACAAGUCAGGGACCAUGUAGCGCCAGACCCUGACCGCCUCAAUCCAAGGAAAGCGCGGCUUCAGCCCCAGGGGCGGCCGCUUCUUUCCGCGAGCCCGCGCUGGGGAUGUCUUUUGGUAUCGGGAGAAGAAAAGCGGCCCAAAGACACCUUCACCGGGAAAGACGCGCAGAGCAUCGAAUCGAUGGUUCUUGGUCGCCAUCUGUAUUUAUCUAUUUGCAGAAAGGGAUAGACGUAGAGUGUGUGUAUAUAUAUGCAUAGGAUAUGUACAUACACCAAAGUAGUCUGAACAGAAGCUUUUCAUAAGAUUUCAGCAAAAUGUAAAAAGGCUUAUUCUGCUUAUUGUCACUGGAAAUUAUUCUAUAUAUAUAAAUAUAUAUAUAGAUAUGUAUGUAUGUGUCUGUGGGUGUGUAUAUAUAUACAUAUUUAUGCAUCUAUAUACAUAUACUAUAUAUGUAAACACACAUACCAAGUGUAUAAAGUAUCAUGUUCCUUUUUAUGAAAAUUAGACUUACCUCAGACCUGUGCCGCUAAACAUCUCCCGUAGAGUGGUUUGGUUGGAUUUGUGGGGCUUCUCUGGGAGAUUUGGGGGCACACAGCAACUGUGCAUGAAGCAAUAGCGCACUGGCCUUGGGAGAUUCCCCUUCCGUGUAAAUGGGCAUCUCGACAGACUGUGGGGUGCUAUGGGAUGCUAUGGGUAACGGUCUACUCAGAAACGAGCCGGAUCGCACCGGCAAACAGGCUUUCCUCAGUGAUUGGGGAACCCUUCGUGUCAAGCCUUGAAAGACUCCUGGGAACCUACAAGAGGGAUGAGGAUCAGCCGUCUGCCAUUAAGAUAGACUAAAAAUGGACGACAAAAACCUGCCGCCCCACCCCACUCCCAACCACCAAACCCUUGUAUUUGUGUGUAGAAAAGGGGAUUAUAAGUACCUAAGCCGAAACGUAGCACAGUGUUGUGUGUGUUUAAAAAAAAAAAAAAAAGGAAAAAAAGAGAAUACAGUGGUGUUGAAUACUUCCAGACCCAACAGAGCAGUAGUAAUAAACCGAUAGAUAUAACUAUAGUGGUUUAACUUAGACUGUUUGGGAAAUCCUUAAUUUGCCUUUUUCUCUUUUUUACUAAUUAUCACCGUGUCAAAUUGGGACUUAAACAGGCAAGGAGGCUUUGGUUUCCAUUGGUUAAUUUCAAGUUGCACAGUAAUUCCCGAGAGUCUAACUUGGGUUGGGGUCCUCCCUCUUGCAUGAAACGCAUGAGCCAUAUUUGACCAGAUCAGACAGGAGCCAGUCUGAUGGGGUAAGAGUUUGCACUUUCUGUACUGUAUAAUACAGCUGGUGGAGUUUAUGCAAAUGAAAUUGCUUUCUGUUUCCUCCCUUUGGGGAGGGGAAAAUGUGCUGGUGGAGCUGGGAUGCAUGAUUUCUUAAUGUAUGAUGAUCGAGUCUUCUCUCUCCUUAUUGGGUUCAGGACCCUCUGUGAUUCUCUUAGUUCACUUUAUUCUCUCUUUUGAUCCAUUUUCCCAGGGAUGUGCCAAAAGCCGCAGGGUAUUAGAGCACAGGUGAAGCCAGUUUGAAUCUGAGCCUUCCUACUUAGAUCUUGAAUAUUCAUCCAGGAAAACCCUCUGCUCACCUUGUCUAGUUCUUCCUCCACCCCUACUUUCCUAGACCUCUGGUUAUUUUAUUUCUAUAAUUGUGCUGAUGAGCAAGGGAAUUUCUGCUCAAACAUCAAGCGGGUAGCACCCUUGGAAACUUUCUGUUGAUAUUAGAGGGGUGGACGGUGGUAGAAUUUUCUUGCCAGUUUCUCAAGGAGCUCGUUGUGAUCUUGAAUCAAUAAUAGCAUAUGUUGCUUGCAGGGCUCUCUAGAUGCAUCAGAGGGAGCUUUAGCCUCAGUCCUUCUGGUCUCCCAGGAACAUCACCUUCAAGGAUCCCUGGAAAUUUCCCAUUAAUGUUCAUUCCUUUAGCUUAAGCAUUGACCUGUGCCCUUUGGAAGAUAUAACAGUACCAAACCUUCCCCUCCCCCCCAUGAAGCAUGUCAUAUUAAGUCCUCAGGUUUUAGUGUUAAUGAAUGGGAUGUUUCCUGUCUGAUAGCAAGAUCCAGGGUGCAUGAGGAUAUCGGGUCCCCGGGGAGGGAAAGUUGUUCUGAAGGCUGUAGAAAGGAGAAAAGUGAGUUCGUAGGGAGGGGAACCAAAGACAAGUUUCAUAUCCAUCACAAUUUUGCCUAAGGCUAGCUCUGGUUCUGUGAAUUGGAAAUCUUAAUUAUAAAUGGAGGCCCAAGAUCAUCUGGCUCAAUCCCCUAAUCAUUGCCAUUUCAGAGAUUGGGUUGCAGAGUUGCAGUGAAAUGAUCUUGUCCAAGGUCAUGCAGCUGCUAAGCAACAGAGCCAGGGCUAAAAACCUACAUUAUUUACCUCCUAAUACGGUGAUCUGUACUAUAUUGUGUAAUCCUUGGAUUAAGUACCUCAGUGGUCACUUUUUAAAAUUUCCUUCAAGAGAGAAUUGCCAUUAAAAAAAAGUUAUAUAGACUGGUAAAUUUUGGUCAUUUAUAUGUAAGCCUGUUGCAUCCUCUUCUAAGGAAUAAAGAUUUCUUCCCAUCUGUACAAGAGCCACAAGUCCAAAUUGAACAUUCCAGCUUUUUUGGCUGAGUGAUCCCAUAACACCAAAUUGCAAAACGAAAAAUUGUACCAAUCAAUUGGGGUGAUUUUCCCUCCUCUCUUCUCCCCCCUCCUCCCCAAUUGAAUUUACCAUUGGCUUGGGCUCUGAUGUAGAUAAAGCAUUAGUAAUUUUCUUUUCAGCACCCCAUUUUCUCCCUCUGGAGCUAUUUCACACUUUCUCACUCAGGAAAGGCCUCCCACCUGGGUAGAAGUACCAUAUCAUCCAUAGUUACAUUCCCCCAAGAUAAAAGCUGACCUGUUGGGUUGAAGCCAAUGGAAGAAAAAUUCAUCAUGAUCUUUUGAUUGCGCUUUCUCUCUCGACAACCAGGAUCCAUGCAUGUUCACAACGCGUAUCUUCCUGAUCCUUGCCUGUUCUAGUCUGAUCGAUAUUGUUGUAUUUGUUGAAAUGCUAGAAAAGUAACUAUUGAAAUGUAAACUGUAUAAAAAAAAGGCUAAAUGUAAAUGGCAGCCAGUGCCACUCACCAAAUCUUUGCACUUAGUAGAUAGAUCAAUAUAAAAACAAAACAACCUUCCCCCCCACAAACCUAAUCUUUCACUGUACAGUGUGUGGGGGAAAUGUAGUCAUUAGUUAGUAGUCCUCGGUAUAAUCAAUUUUAAAAGGGGAAGUGGUGUUUACACACUUGUGUAUAAGCGUUGUUGAAAACUGUGAUGAUCUCAAUUAGUUCUCUGGCUUUCUGGAGUUUUUUGUUCUGUUCAUUCACCUUAGUUGAACUCUCGAGGCCAAAGCCUUUUGUCUUUCUGGGGGGGCAGGUGCUCAGUCUGUUUAAAGAUGAACCAGUGAGACAUUCAUUUAAAACUGACCAAAGACAUGACUUCUGGUCCAGUUUCCCAUGUCGUCCCAGAGAGAGGAGCAUCAUUCGCCAAUCUUUCUCGGGGACUUGAGGUCAAACCGUGCUUCCCACCCCAAACCCUUCUUUUUUUUUUCUUUUCCCCUUUAGUAACUGUGGGUCUCUAUGAAAUUCUUGCCUUUUCUUGUUUUCAGUGCGAAUGUUUUCUCACCUUUAAGCGCCUUUAGAAAAUCCCAGAACACAAGAUUGGCCCGAAUCCUGAGCCUGGGAAGUGAAUGCCAUCCAAUUUUUUCCUUUCACAUCAUUGGACUAAAUUCCCAGGGGACCUAUUAAUCAAGAAAUGGAGCGAUGGGAGUUGGGGGAAACAAUGAACUACUUUUCUGAUAUCACGACUCGUGAGAUGAUAAACUGGAGAGUAUUCAGAGGAGUCAACCAAGAUGGUGAAGGAUCUGGAAUCCUUGCCAUGUGAGGACUGGUUGAAGGAGCUAGGGAUUAAACAUCCUAGAAAAGAGAUGGGGUGAGGGAAGGGGAAGACUCAGGAUUAUCUGUUUUGAAAUAUUUGGGGUGCUCAGAGAGCAGGGACUAGAAAUACUAGAUAGAAAGGGCAAAUAAGCAAAUUUAAGCUUCUUGAAUGCAAAAACUUGGAAUGAUGGGGCGUUGCUCCAAGGUAAAUUGGAGCUCUUUCAGCAGACUGUAGGAGCACCUGUUGGGCAACUUACAGAAGGAAUUCUUUUUUGUUCCAGAUUGGCCUCCAUGGCUCUGAGGUCCCUUCCCACUCUGAAAUAUUGGAUUCUUUGAUGGAAGUGAGGAGACAGCUUGAUAAAUAACUAUGAAACAUUUUGCUCAUAGUACAUAAAACAUAAAGGAGAACAUGGGCUACCAGAAAGAUCAUAACUGGGAUUUUUCUAUUUGAGCUACAUGGACCGGCUUCUUGGGCUGGUUUUAUUGGAUUGCCUUGUUGGGCUUUCUCAUUCUUUUAAGCACGAAUGUGGAGGCCUUCCUACUACUUGGUGGUAUGUUGGCACUUAAAGCGCAGAAUCUGGCCAAAGGACAGACCCUAAGGAUAAAUGUCACAGUCUCCUGUCUCUCCCCUCUCCUCCAGUCUUUUACUUCCUGAUUUUUUCACUUAUUUACCUUUUUCCCUAACAAGAAACAAUAAUAACUAUGAUAAUAAUUCAUUUACUUAGCACUUUAAGGUUCACAAAGCGCUUCCCUCCUAACAACUUUGUGGGUAGAUGGUGCAAGUAUUUUUCUCUCUCUUUUGCAGAUGAGGAGACCUUUGUGUUAGAAUGGGGAAGUGACUUGCCUGGAGUUACACAGCUGUUAAGGGUCAGAGUUCAGGCCUCCCGGGCCAAAGCUCCUUCUGUUCUUUUAAGUUGCGGCACAGCUAGCCGCUGAGAAGACCACAAGGGCCCCACCAGACCUAAAAGGGAUUGGUAUUGAUGAGGGAAAAGAGUAGGGUGAGCCAGCAGGGAAUAGGAAGAGGAGGGGAGUUAUCGAGUUGAUUUUCUGCUGUGCAGAGCAAACUCAGACAUCAAAAGCUUGGGUUCAGAUUCAGACAUCUGCUUCUGGGUUGUUUGGGAUUCUCGGUCUUCAGGGCAACCAUUGGAAUUCCCAGCUAUGCCCGGAGUUCACCCAGCUGGAGGGGCAGAGCCAGAAGGAAUGGCAUUCUGGGACUUGCUGAGAGGGGACUCUUAAGGCUUCCCGAGGUUGCUCUUUGCAGAAGAAGGCAGCCCACCUUCUGGUGCUGGCUUGGCAGCUCUUGCCAAACCCACUCCCCAUAGCCGCUGAUUUCUCCUUCCUUUCGAACUCUGCUGUGUCAGCCACCUCCAAUGUGACUGUUCUCUGUAACCAGAACAUUAGUGCACUUUUCCUUUCCUAGACAGAAAGUAUAUCCUGGAUAGAGAUUUUUGUACAUUUUGAACUCUUAUUAUCUCCUAGCAGUGUGACAGUUUACAUGGUUUGGCAGUAGAGACAAUUCUGAUCAUUUUCCAGUGGCCGGCAUUCCUUGUCUACCCCUCCAUCCCCAUCUCGCUGUAUACAGACCAAUCAAAGCAACCUGGGGAAACUGUGCCCUCCUCUCCCCACUUUGAUGAUCAUCAUUGUUCCCCUGGAUAUUGUUUCUGUAUGAUACAACCAAAUGUCCUUCACUUAGACUGUCUGUUUGGAUCCUCUGUCCCUCCCACACACUGAUGGUGCCCUGUAGACCAAGCCGCUGGUUUGACGUGGAGCUGUCCUGUGAAAUAAAAACAGAGUAACUUUCUCAAA